UUCCAUCUUCCUCUUUCUACUCUCUCUCAUAAUGUCUCGAUUGCUCUCAAAAACCCUAAUCCCCACCGGAAGAUUCUUCCUCCAUCGUUUCAACAAGCCGAAGAUCACGACGACGGCGGCACCACCAAACCUCGUCUGUUUCAGCCGCCGCUUCUCAUCGAUACCACAAGUCAUCGAGAUUGACAUCGAUUCUAAAACCGAAGCAGAAGCCGCGAUUCUCAAGAAACUCAACGAAUUCGUUCGGAGGAUUAUCGUUCAUAACUCGACUCCGGAUUGGCUCCCUUUCGCACCUGGCUCCUCCUUUUGGGUACCGCCACAUCAGAUCACGGCUACGAAGAUCGCGAAUUUGGUCGAUAAGGUGACUAAUCCGUUGACCGAGGAAGAGUCUCUUUCUCUUUCGUCUCCUUAUGGUUGGCCUUGUUCCUCUUUCUUCAUUCCUCCUCCAGAUGAUACACAAGAGGUGGAAGCUACCAUGGAGUUGAAAAUCCCGGGGAAUGAGAUGCUGGAAGUCAAGCUAGCACAUUAUCCAGAUCCGAUUUACUCUUUUAAACCUGAAGAUGGGGAAGAAUGAUUGAUCGAUACCUUUCGAGCAUGAGGGCAGGACAUGCUUGGAUAAACAGAUUGUGACUGAAAAGACUGAAAAGACUGAAACUCAGUUGUACAUAGAUGGUUGCAAACCAUGAAGUUGUAUGAUCUUUGGCUGACUUAUUAAUGCCUUGUUGACUUUAUAUAUAUUUUAAAAUUUACUUAAUAUGUGAUUAGCUUUGGGGGCUUUUCCCACGUUUUAGCCAAGAGUUUAUGGUGAUACUUGAGUUUAACCAUUAUAACAAUCUUUCUAAACCUC